UAAAUAAUCCAUGUUGGCAUAAAUAUUAGGCAAAGGAAAUAUGCUAGGAGCAGAUGGUGUUGAUGCUAGGGACCAUACUUGCAAUGUUGGAGGGCAUUCAAAUAUGGCAUAAGUAGCAGUUUCUUCUGGAUGCCCACAUCUUGGACAAUAGUUGUCGCAUCUAAUGUUCCGGCGUAUUAGAUUUAUUUUAACACCAAUUUGUCCCGUUAUCAGUUGCCGCAUAAGAUGGCAUAUAUCUUCUGAGAUGCUUUUACUUUCCACACAAAGGCUUGGAGUUUGGUUAUACUGGGUUCCAUAAUCUCCAUUUCAUCAUCGUUCCUCGUUAGGUUUAUGAACUACCCAAUAUCCUAAUUUAACUGUGUACUGGCCAUUUUUAGUAUAAUUCCAAUAGAAAAAGUCUCGGUGGUGAGUUGAGCUUAUGGCCAAACUUUUUAUGUAGGGUAUAUCAUUUGGAGCCCAUAAAAGUUAUUGAAAAAAAUUAAAAUAUCUGGUAUAAAAAGUUUUCGGAAACUUUAAGUUGUCAUAAAUAAAUAUUAUAAAAAUUGAAAAACGUGUUAAAAACUAAAACCUUAAUAAUUUUAGGUGGACCAAAUAUAUUUAUGUAUGCAACUCUUAAGUGGGGAUGACAUAAUAAUGACUAUGAUGAAGAAAUAAUAUUUACGGAUAUUCCAAUAACAGUGGGUAGUUUCCUUUCCUUUUCUUUUCAGUGGGUAGUUUUUUUUUUUUUAAUAUUUGAAAGCAGAGACUCUGUCUGAAGAAAGCUGAAGAGUUUGAAGACCUUAAAGAGUUUUGAUGUUUCUUUAACAAAAGUAACAUGUUUCUGCACUAGCAGUUUCGACAUCUACUCACACUUCUCUACAGAUUAUGGACGAUGUUACAUCAGAUAUUAUUAUUAAUGAGGAUCACACUCAAGAAAUGAUAACCGAGUCAUGUUCCAUCAGAUAUUAUUAUUAAUGAGGAUCACACUCAAGAAAUGAUAACCGAGUCCAACCAAGAGGUUGAUGGUAUAAAAAGUGAUUUUCAUAUUACCGAGCAAAUAGAUGAAUUUGGAAGUGCGACAAGAAGAGGUAGGUUGAUCAAACCUACACAAAAGUACCAAGAAAUGGAAUGGAUGACAGUGCGUGGAAGAGGGAAACGAGGCCAUAAGGGUCGAGGUUCCUAGAUCAAGUGCACAAGUUCUUGGUUUAAUAGCUUUUUUAUUGCUUACUUUAUGUAUGCAACUUUCUCCUCGUAACUUGUCUUUUAAAUUGAAAGCUCUUUUUAAAAAAAAAGAAAAAAAGGUAACUGUAUAUUUAGUGAGAGAGAGAGAGAGAUAUGGUGGGAAGUGGUGGGAAGUGGUGGAGGAGAUAGGCAAAGAUGCUGUAGGAAUGAUGGCACUUCACGAAGCACUUAGAAGCGUGUGUCUUAUUAGUUCCGACUGGAUUUACUCUGUUUUCUGGACAAUUCGUCUCCGACCGAGGGUCCGUGGUGGAAAUGGAUUCAAGAUUGGUGAUGAAAGUGACAGCUUGAUGUUGAUGUGGGAAGAUGGGUUUUGUGGAGGAGGAGGGAGAAGUGAAGAUCUUUUCUGGAACCAGACAUUGAAAGUGAAGAUCUUGUCAGAAAAGAAUUCAGCAAGAUGUCCAUUCGGUUAUACAAUUAUGGAGAAGGAUUGAUGGGUAAAGACGUAAAGUUCCUUCUGAUAAAUGUCACAAAUGGGUAUUCAAAGAACCAUCUGAAUCUGAACCCAAUCUUGCUAAUUACUGGCAGAGUUCUUUUGAUGCUCUACGUUUUUCCAAGACUUCCAACUUUUAUGAACAAUAUGGAUUGUUAGUAACUAAAUGUCCAAACCGUGGCCCAUAGAGAGAGAGAGACGGCGGCCCAAAGGGAGAGAGAGUGGCCGACUUUAGACAUAGGAUAGUUUCCUUUUCUCUUCAUGUUUAUCUUUAAGUAGAUUUUCCUUUUUCCUUUAGGAUAAUGAUUUGUACUCUUUCCAUUUAUCUAUUCCUUGUAACCCCUAUAUAUAAGGGAACACUUUGAUUGAGUAAUAAGAAACAGAAACACACACGAUUUCCCCUAUUGUUCACAACACGUUAUCAGCACGAUAGCCUCUAAACCCUGAGACCAAAAUCGAAACCUAAAAGCCUAAACCGGCGACUCAAAACCUAAACCCUAAUCUUUUUCUUAGUUCAUCCAAGAACUCAGAAGAUCCAUCUUGAAUCCCAAAAGCUUCUCAGAUCACGUUCCAGCUCAGAAGAACCGCCAUCCAGCUCGAGAUCGAACCCGAAGUCCGCGAUCGACCCGAGACGAUCCGUUCCCCACGCAGCUCGCAGCCGAGACGCCUCCAGCCCGCGAUCGACCCCAUCCGCGACCCGAUAGGAAGCAGCAAGCGUUCGUUCUUCUCAGCCCGAAGUUUCAUCCAUUCUCAGGUGGUCCGGUUCUAUACCUCUACGAAACAAAGGUAUAAACAUAAUCUGAGAACCUAGAUUGAUUAAGAACCCUAAUCCAUCAUUAUGGAAAACAUGUUCUUGAUGAAACCCUAAAAGAAACCAUAAGAUUAAAAUCGACAAGUCUUCAAAACUAGAAACAUAUGCGAUUCCAAUUAGAACUUGAUUGUAUGUUGAUUGAUUAAAUCUGAAAUAUGACAAACCCUAAUCAAGGAAUCGAAAACUCUAAACCCUAAAAGAAGCUAGUGUCCGAUUUUAAGAUUGAUCUUGAUUGUUUGAUUUCUUAUUUGAUUUGAGGUUUAGGAUUGAUUAGAUUGCUUGAAUUAAUCUAACUGAGCAUACAAAUACUUAAGGCCUUGAAACCUUGAGCAUAAGUUGAUAGAAUUUAAAGAUUGAAAACCCUAGGUAUCAUAAGGAGUGUUUAAAUCGCUUUACAUGAAUCCGAACAUGAUAAAUGCAUUCAUAACUGAUUAAAACAAGAUCGGCCAGCAUAUAGAUCACACGAGCUUAGGUUGAUUGCAUUAGUAAACCUAUAGGGCUGUGUGGCUCAUGAUUGAUAGCACCAUGGUCGAUUAGUAUUGUUUUGAAUAUCAUAAAUGCAUAAGACGUGUUGUGGCCGAGCUUGCUUAUAUCCUGCGGCCACGUGAUCACAUUAUGAAUCUAAAAUUUAUAUGAUAAUGUGAAUCAGAUGUCGAAAAUAGCAAACAGAGACUACGCAGCCCUUAAUCUCUCCGGAGACAAUUACUUGCAGUGGGCGCUAGAUACAAGGAUAAGUCUAAAGUCCAAGGGACUCGGUGAUACCAUCAUCGAGGACAACAAUGAGAAUGAAAAGAAUAGAUACAGGGCCAUAAGUUUUAUGCGCCAUCAUCUCAUUGAAGGUCUUAAAGAUCAGUACAUGACGAUUGAGAAUCCAUUGGAUCUUUGGAAUGCUUUAAAGCACAGAUAUGAUCACCAAAAGAUGGUGUUGCUUCCAAAGGCAAGGCACGAAUGGAUGCAUCUCAGAUUCAUGGACUAUAAGUCGGUGGACGAGUAUAAUUCAGCCUUGUUCAAGAUAGUUUCAAUACUAAGGCUUUGUGGUGAAGAAGUAUCCGAUGUGAUGAUGCUUGAAAAGACCUACACGACUUUCAAUCAGUCGAAUUCUGUGUUCCAACAGCAAUAUAGAACAAAAGGUUUUGCCACAUAUACUGAUCUGAUCUCAUGUCUACUCUUGGCCGAGGCAAACAAUGACCUCCUUAUGAAGAAUAGUGGAGCCAGACCGGCCGGGACAGCACCAUUACCCGAAGCCCAUGAGGUUGAAAAGAAAGAUCCCAAAGAGACCUACUACACCCAAGACAACAGGAAACCAUACGGCAAUAGCCGUGGUGGGUACAGGGGGCGUAGGCGUGACAAUCAUAACGGUCGAGACAACUACUCAACCGGCCAAAAAGGAAACCACAAUAACCGUGGUCGUGGUUCCAAUUACGGUCGGGGCCGAGGCAAUUAUGGCCGUGGACGAGGUGGCAUAUCCAAACCAUCUUACACGUCCAAGUCAUUAUGUCACAGAUGCGAGAUGGUCAACCAUUGGGCCAAGAACUGCAGAACUCCGAAACACUUGUGCGAACUCUAUCAAGAGAGCCUCAAGAACAAGAACCCGGAGGCAAACAUGAUUCAAGAAAACGGUCAUGAUGACAAAUGAUAUGGAUAUGAUGCUGACAAUGAAUCCGACAAGGAUAACAAAGAUGACCAAAUGGAUUUUGAGACAUCUGAUUGUCUAAAGGACUAGUUUUUCGAAUCACAUUGUCUUAUUGCUUUAUGUCUUUGAUUUGGUGUUUUUAUUCUAUGAAAUGACAUUUAUAAUAAUAAGAGUUUUAAAGAUCUUAUGAAGUCUCUAAAGUUUAGAAAAUUUUAUUUAUAGAAUGAAUGAUGAGAUGAGUAUAUUUGUGGUGGAUAGUGGCACAAGUCAUACAAUACUUAGAGACAAAAGGUACUUUAUGAAUCUCACAAUGUAAAGUGCAAAGGUACAUACCAUUGCGGGUGAGGCUAGCCUGAUUGAAGGUCACGACCAAGCCUAUGUGUUAAUGCCCAAGGGCACUCACCUAGAGAUCAAAACCGCCUUAUAUUCCCCAAGCUCUAGAAGAAGCUUAUUGAGUUUCAAGGAUAUAAGAUUAAAUGGUUUCCAUCUUGAAACAUGGGAAGAAGGAAACAAAGAAUUCCUUAA